GAAAUGUGUUUGUAAAUACGGAGGAGGACUUUCGACUGAACCCAGCCCGUUAUUCAAAAUGGAACAAAUUGGUUCGAAUUGAGGGCUAUGUGAUGCGAUUUAUUAUUAACUGUAGAAAAUCUUGUGAAAGCAGAAAAUGUGGAGAAUUGGAUCCAGAAGAGUUUAUGGAUGCAGAGAAAUUAAUUAUUAAAGCGGCGCAACAAGAGGCAUUCAAUGAGGAAAUAAAGAAAAUAAAAAAGAGGCAAAAUUUGUCUGUAAAUAAUGUGUUAAUUGCUUUAAACCCAAAACUAGACGACGACGGACUAUUGCGUUCAUCAGGGAGAUUAGACCUAAAUGAAUCAUUGCCUUAUGAUGUGAGAAAUCCAAUUAUUUUACCUAGGAAACACCAGGUGACAAAGCUAAUUGUAAAAAAGUAUCAUGAACUCGGACAUCAUGUCGCUGGUACAAACCACACUUUAGCAUUACUGUCCGAAAGAUUUUGGAUCAUAAGUGCAAGAGAAGAAAUACGUGAGUAUGAGGAACAUUGUAAUGAAUGCAAACGUAGAAAAGCAAAAGGUGGAGAACAAAUAAUGGCACCCCUGCCUAAAUUUAGGUCGAAUAUGGACAAUAUGAGAGCUUUUCACAGAGUAGCUGUAGACUAUGCAGGUCCAUUCUUAACACGGCAGGGGAGAGGAAAAACCAAAAUCAAAAGAUAUCUAUGCUUAUUUACAUGUGUAGCCACUCGAGCAGUGCACUUGGAAAUGGCGUAUGGUUUAGACACGGAUACAUUUUUAAAUGCUUUUUAUCGUUUUGUGGGCAGAAGAGGUAUGCCAAAACAAGUGAUUUCCGACAAUGGCACAAACUUUGUAGGGGCAAAUAGAGAGUUAAGUGAACUUAUAAAAUCUGUUAAUAAGGAUAAAAUUCAACAGACUAUAACUGAUAAAGGUGUUUCAUGGAAAUUUAUCCCACCAUCGGCCCGACACUUUGGUGGUGUUCACGAGA